UAAUUGAUAUUCUCGAACUUUCAAGAAAUUUUUUCGGAUUAUGGCACCACAUUACAAGGUCAUCCAAAAUCCUAUAUAAAUCUUUUCAAACACGCUUUUUCAUCAUUGUAAUUCUGAAGUUUGUCUAGUAUAGUCGAAAGAAAUGAGUGCAUUAAACUAUUAUUCUGAUUUAAUUAAAAUGAUGGAGGAGGCUUAUACUCUUCUACCAUCUUUGAAUCAUGAAUCUAGUGAAAUCAUUGAUAAGUGGGUGCGAAUUAGUAGUGACAAUAUUACUACAUUAAACAGACAUUUGCAAUCGAGUGGUUUAUCGGUUGGUGAAAAACAACGAAUUCAAUCGAUAAUUGCAGCACUCGCAACAUUACAUGAAAAGUUUAUAAAUCAUUCAAUCGUUGGAGGAAGCCUUCAAUCAACAGAACAAUUGAUUCGAUGGAAAGAUUUAGAAAAUAUUUUCCAAAAUCGAAUUCGCACUGGUGUUGUCAUUAACUUGCAACAUUUAAAUUUACGAGACUUCUUAUUGGACGCUGAAAAGCUGAUUACCGAAAAGUUGACAGAUAUAGUAACAAGUGAGGGAAAUUUAAAAGUGAACUUUGUCCUUGCUUGUAAAUUCAGUAAUCAAACAAAUGAUGGAACAGUUGUAGAAAUUAAGUACUUUAAUGUUAAAAAUGAAGCAAUUUUGCCGUCAACAGACAUAAAAAAACAUUUUCUGGAAAAUGUUGUUGACAAACUACUAACAAAAGUCGAGGAUUUUCAAGAACGAGAU